AUGGCUUUACAUCUAGUGCUUGUUCUUUCUUUUUAUAUGCUUUUAACCUUGGGGGCAAAUGGAAUCAUGGCUUCGGUUUUACAGGAUUUUGAUUGUGUGGAUAUAUACAAACAACCCGCUUUCCAACAUCCACUGUUAAAAAACCACAAGAUUCAGGAAAUUUUCAUUUCAAAUGAAAGCCAUAGAAUAAAAAAUAAGUAUCAAAUAAAUGAUCAAAGUUGUCCAAAAGGAAUGGUACCAAUUUCAAAGCAAAAAAAUAAAACUGAAAGCGUUCAUCUUGACACGUUGGAGUAUCCUGGCCAACAUUUUGCAACAAUUGAGACUGUAUUGGAUGGGACCAUCUAUCGAGGAGCAGAAGCGUAUAUAAGUCUUCAUAAUUUAACUGUACAAAAUAAUCAAUACAGUAAAAGUCAAAUUUGGUUAGAGAAUGGACCUCAGGAUCAACUCAAUAGUAUACAAGUUGGUUGGGCGGUGCAUCCAAGAUUAUAUGGUGACAGUUUAACAAGAUUUACAAUAUAUUGGACCGCAGAUGGCUAUAAAAAAACUGGAUGCUAUAAUAUAAAAUGUCCUGGAUUUGUUCUUGUUACUCGAGACCUUCAUCUCGGAACAACGUUUGAUAGAUCCUCUGUUUAUGGUGGUACAACUUAUUAUUUUCAACCAAAAAUUUUUCAGGAUGGCUUCACCGGAAAUUGGGCAUUAAAACUAUUUGAUGAAAUAAUUGGAUACUGGCCAAAAGAGUUAUUUACACAUUUAAACAAAGGAGCUUCUUUGGUACGCUUUGGAGGGAAUGUGUUUACAUCUCCUAGUGGAAUUAGUCCUCCAAUGGGAAAUGGUCAUUUUCCAGUUAUUGACUUUCAAAAAUGUUCACAAUUUUAUUCUGUUAGAGUUAAGAAUUUGAACUAUCAAAGCGUUGAUAUUGAAGAAAAGAAAAUAAGACGUUAUGCUGAUUCAUACCAGUGUUAUAGACUAACAUAUUGGGGAUAUGUCAAGAGCAGUGGAGUACUCUUCACUUUUGGAGGACCAGGUGGAAAUUGUGGCGCUUGA